AUGGAUUGUUGCAGCAGUAGCAACUACUUAGACUACAGGCAUCACUCGAUGAACGGCAACUCCUUCUGCUAUCCGUACUCGCCCAACAUGCUGCGCAGUGCAUCGCCGUACCCGUUGGCCACCGGCGGCCGAUACGGUGGUUCGGACUAUCGAUCUUCACCGCUCGGCGGCUACCAUCAUCACCAUGGUGGAUACGAUGGCAGUGUCGGGUAUGAUAAAUACUACGGCAGCUACCAUCAUGCACCACCAUCGUCGAGCUAUCAGGCCGGUUACUAUGGUAACUACCCGUCGUCCUAUCGUGAUUUCGGCAGCUACGGACACUACUACCACCAGUCCCAGUCGCCGUACGCACGUGGCGGAGGUACGAGUGGUGGCGCGUCGCACGGGUACGGGGGAGCGUCCGCUGGCAGCUACCUCUAUCCGGGGCGCCAUUACCCAGCAUCCUCACUAGCACAUCCCGCGUUCGGUUCGUCCCGCGAAUCAGCCUACUAUCACGCCCAGCGUGAACACCAUCACCAGCAGCAGCAGCAGCAGCAGUAUUCGAGCUUCGCUAACUAUGGCCACCUGCCGCCUCCGUACCGUAACGGGGUAGGCCCCGGUACACAUGAGCAUCCUGGCGGAAAAUCGCAUCACAACCAGCCAGCACAGCAGCAACCGUAUGCGCCACAGCAAACCUUUGCAGGAAGUCACAGCGAGCGGGGAAUAGCGGGGGGUGGUGUGGGCGAGAGCCAAACUACACCGGCCAGCCAACCAUCUCCCUCCAGCUCGACCUUGUUCGGUGCGCAGAAUGGCUACUCGUCGCCGAGUUCCGAUUACACGCCGCUGCCAACUUCAUCCUACGGUUCGGGUGAUAGCCCGCAGCAUCCACUAGCGGCUGGCGGCCAGCACGAUGCGGACGAACGAGAUGCUCCAACCACACCCACACCAUCGGCGGCUUUGCUCAGUGCAACAGCAGCAGAGUUCCCGCACGGCACAAAGGACAACCGUAUGCGAAAGCCGAAGGAGCGCAAGCUGCAUCGAGGGUACGGCACCGGGGUAGGCGGUGACAGUGGCCGUAGUAGCCGUGCCAGUAGCCCGGCUGCAGUGAAUGGGUUAAGCGGGAGCAAUGGUGCAGCUGCAGCAACAAGGAUGAAAUCACUGGAUGCACUUACAAAUUUGUGCUGGCCUGAAGAAGAUCAGUUUCCGGGACGAAUGAGAAAAUACUCAACUGCCAACGGAUUGAAAGCUAAGGAUGGAAGUAAUGGUAGAAAGGAAAGCAACGAAUUGGAAAACGCCAACACAGCGUCCCCGAGCCGUACCGCGGGCCCUGCCCGACGCACGAAAAAGCAGACACCCUCCGGCGGCAGGCAAUCGAAGGAAACGAAAUCAUCCGCCGAAAGUAGAGAGAAACAAACAAACGGAGCUUCACCACCGACGACAGCACCAGCGGCAGAAAACAAACACAUCACACCACUGCCCGGUUUCCAACAGGCAUUUGGCUCGACGGAAAUUGGCAAGUUUUCGGAGGUGUUUUUCAACAGUAGUCCUACGUCAGCUAGCCAUAGUCCGCCAGACCACCACAACCAACACCACCUCCAUCACCAUCAUUCGCUGCAGCUCCAGGAGCAUCAGCAGCAGCGGCAGCAACAACAAACCCACCAGUCCCAGCAAGUACCUGCCCAGUCGAAUGGUACGGUGCAGCAGCUCGUGAUGGAAUCGCUCAAUGCGUACGAAUCCGACGUGGACACGCUUAGUCCUUCCCAGGCAUGGGAUACCAGUGGGCCUGGCCCUGGUGACGGUGGAGGAGAUCCCGGAUACAGCCUGCCGAUCGGUACCACCUUCCAUCCGUCGUACUACGAAUCGUCAUCCUACUCUGACCAUGCCGUCGACUCACCGCUGGGUAACUACUUCAGCGAAAUGACAUGCAACGAGUUUGUAAACUAA